AUGACCACAAUAAGAGGGCAGAGCUCUCCCUUUCCCUCCACGCCGACUCUGAGCCACCCAAACGGUACCACGGAACCUACGCCAGGUGUCAGCUAUAGCGACUAUAUCCGUACGUGGACCGAUGCCCAUGUUGCACGCUGGCUUGCGGAUAUUAAAUGUGGCAGCCAUGCCGCCACUUUCAAGGCAAAUGAUAUCCGAGGUGACAUUCUUCUGGAAUUGGAUCAGACAACACUUCAAGAAAUGGGAGUGAGCAGUAUUGGUGAUAGGUUCAGGAUACUGCACGCUGUGAAGGCACUGAGGCAGAAGGCCUCGACGAGAUCUGUUGCUUCUCCUGUCCUGGAAACCAACAAUAGAUCGCGGUUGGUAACCGGUCUCGAGAAUUCGACGACGGCCGCUAUGCCGUCAGAUCAAUCCGCCUCUCCAUUAACCGUGCGCAGGGGACUAGAGAGCGGCAGACCCCCACCUCUGUUACUGAACUCUAACCCCAUUAGACACGAUUUACCUCGGCUAAUCCGCGACCAACAACCACCAGAUUCAGCAAAACCCAAUGUUCCUAUACGUUCAACCAGGUCUGGGUUACCCCCGCUUCCUCCUCCUCCUCGUGGGCAGCCACCUCUUCCACCUCCUGGACGUCCUCCUGUUCGACAUUUCCAAGGUUCUCAAUCAAAUGGUCGGCGGACGCCCACCCAGACUGACAAUGUGCCCACGUACGCGACACAACCUCUGCCGCCUGCUCCUCCAAACCAAGUCCUCCUCACACCUUCGCAAGGCUCGACCUGGUCAGGUUAUCACCUUCCUGCUGAUCCACGUCCCGGAAACCCCGGCGGUGGCAAAACACCACAAGCUACUUCACGUUCAACCUCACCACUUCCUCGUGCUGGAGGUCGCGGUACCAAUACGCCCAACCCGGCUCAUGGCAGGAAUGGAUCGAUAGGUCUCAAUUCCCCGGUCUCAUCUAGCCCUGCUAGCAAGCAGCAGAGAUUAGGUGGAGGUUCGGCGCAUCCAUAUGCCACAAGCCAAGCCACUGCCCCAGGUUCAAACGCUUCCCAAACCGCAAAUCUUUCACCCAUCGCCGAAGGAUUCGGAGCAGCAGGUACUUCACCUCCCACCUAUACUGUCGGACGUGGGUCGUUUAACCCGAGUACCCCUUCACACACAAAUGCACCUUCAUUGGAUGACUUGAGACGGAAAUUGGUUAAAAUAGCGCUUCCCGAUGAGGGUCUCACUUAUACUAUUGAUGUCGAUAAUUGCGCAGGCGGUGUUGAGGUUCUUGAAAAAGUCUUGAAGAAAUUUGGCAAGCGUGGAGCACGCAAUACGGAUUCUGAAGGUGUGGAUAGUGUACAAAUGGAAGAUGGCGGACUUAGCAUGAUGGGACAGGGGCCGUUAGAUGAGGCUGCACUGCUCUCAUAUUGCCAUGCCUCACUUGACCAUCCAGCCCGAGACAAGCCCUUAUCAUUGCGGAAAAUUGCAAAGGCUCGUCGCGAGGAUCGAAAUAGUCCUCCUUCUCCACCCCAUGGUCGUUUCCUCGGAGGUCAAACACCUAAGAGUACGAAACGAGCUAGCUCCAUCAGUAUUCUCAGUGGUUUGGGUGUUCGUGAUCCUGAAAAGGCUCUGGAACCACCCUCUCCUACGCAUUCUGGUUCAGGCAGGUCGAGUCCUGCCACUACGCAUAGUGCGAAGAGACCAUCUAAGUUGCGCAACUUCUUUGGACAACGACCUCCGAGCGAGCUUAUUACGACCCACUUGACGGAAUACUUCCCUUUCACAGAGAAGAAGGUCCUUGAGCGUACAGCAAGACACAGCAUGAUGCGAACGGGCACGAUGCGUGACAGUGCCUCUUCUUAUAAUCCACCAUUACCUUCUAGGUUUAGCAGCAGCACUCUUGCAUCGCUUCCGCGGACCUCGGUUUCGGCUUCGAGGACUUCCUUGUCGUCUAAUGCCGCCCCUCCUUUACCCGAAAAGCCAUCUUCUGAUAGUGGUAAUACAACACCAGCUGAAGACAUCCCUCGUGUAUCUCUUUCUACUGAGGACGGUCGUUCUGUAAAUCUUCAUGAUACUUCGGACAACACAAAUGAUCAUCCGGAGCUUCUUCCUCCCAUCCCGUUCCCAACGGAAUCAUUCUCGGAAUCUCUGGAAAGUCUGACCGGAGCCAGCCGUCCUUCUCGUCGUAAGAAAGACCGUUCUGAUACCGCAAGUCUCAUGACGGUAGAUGAGAUCACAAAGGAAGUCGAAAGUAGAAGAAGAAAUACUGGCAUUUUCGAUAGAAGAAGUUCGGAGGAACCUGACGGUUGGACUCAGGUUGAAAACGAGGAUGGCGCCGAUGACAACGAUGAAGAACCUGACGAAGAACAAUACACGGAUAGUGAAGAAGACGGAAUCGUGUCUGCGAAUAAAUGGAUCAAAGGUGCGCUCAUCGGUGCAGGAUCCUUUGGGAAGGUCUAUUUGGGCAUGGACGCUUCAAAUGGUCUUCUUAUGGCAGUCAAACAAGUGGAGCUGCCAACUGGUUCGGCUCCCAAUGAGGAACGCAAGAAAAAUAUGCUCAGUGCCUUGGAGCGCGAAAUAGAACUGCUUCAAGAUCUACAGCAUGAAAAUAUCGUGCAGUACCUUUAUUCAUCACUUGAAGAUGACUGUCUCAACAUCUUCUUGGAGUAUGUGCCAGGAGGGUCGGUGACCGCGCUGCUGCGUAAUUAUGGUGCCUUCGAAGAGCCUUUGGUCAAGAACUUUGUCCGACAGAUCCUUCAGGGUCUUAGCUAUCUGCAUGAGCGUGAUAUCAUCCAUCGUGACAUUAAGGGUGCCAAUAUUCUCGUUGAUAACAAGGGAGGCGUCAAGAUAUCAGACUUUGGCAUAUCGAAGAAAGUUGACGUCCAAGCGCUUGCUGGUAACAAUCGUGUCCAUCGACCAUCACUGCAAGGAUCGGUGUUUUGGAUGGCGCCGGAGGUUGUCAAGCAGAGUGGGCAUACACAGAAGGCUGAUAUCUGGAGUGUGGGCUGCCUUGUCGUCGAAAUGCUUACCGGUGAACACCCAUGGGCACAACUCACCCAAAUGCAGGCCAUAUUCAAGAUUGGAUCGUCAGCGAGGCCGGCUAUCCCCUCUGACAUAUCUUCAGAAGCUCAAGACUUCUUGACGAAGACUUUCGAAAUAGACCACGAGGCAAGGCCGGCUGCGGCUGAACUCUUGAAGCAUCCUUGGAUACAUAUUUCAAGCGCAACAUGA